AUGGCUAGUGAUCUCAAAGUCCUCUAUGGUGCUCAUGACGACACCACGUUAUCACUAGCCUUAAUGGAGUGGCAAUUAGGUCAAGCUCACAGAAUGGCCACUGAUCCGAGAGACUUGAUCUAUUGUCUCUUCGGCAUGGCCAAGGCUAUCCUCCCAGAAGCCGAGAUCCCUCUUGUGCCAGCGUACAAUAUGGCUGUCGAAGAUGUGUUUACGGGGUUUACUGCAAUAUUGCUAGACUGGCUGCCCUACCGUACUGUACUGUCACUCGUGGCCGACAAGCCGCAUCACGACAGCUACGUCCAGAGACUUCCUAGCUGGGUGCCAGACUUUUCGACGGUCAGCGAGGUAAGUACAACAAUACAAAGGACUUUGAUGAAGAAUACUCAAGAUUUACCUGACCUACUUCCUGGUUACGAUGAGCCGGAAUCCUCGUGGCUGAGUAUCAAUCGUGGAAAGCUCAUGCUUCUGGCGCGGCCAGUAGGUGACCUUGAUCACAUGUUCCAACUCGGCUGGUAUAAUUCUGCAGGUCCGCGGAGUACAUCUAGUCGGUAUUUGCAAGACAUAGCAGGAAUGACGGCAGUAUUGCAAGGGUGCCAGGGAUUGAUUGCCCAAAGAAAAUGGGAGUGUUUGGUGCCAUUCUUACGCAUAUUGUGCUUCAACGUACCAACGAUCGUAAGCGAUCCAGUCUUCAUCACACUCUGGCGGAAACUGCUGUCGAUCGUAAGACUCGAGCCACGAAGAAUGUCGACAAAAUGGUCUCUCCCUAGAGAAGUGACCGACGCCGCCGACGACUUGGCGGGUAUGUUCGAGGAACUGAAAGGAGUAUCUUUCGUGCCAACUCCUACUCAAGUAGAAGCAGAAGAGAAGACUCUCGACAUAUUGAUCUCAAUGGUUGAUGUCGUUGACACAGAGGUCGCUCUCCAAUGUCAAAAGCAGCUCAAGGCACUGUGGCCAGAGCACUUUACCACCGAGGACAUUAUUGCUCACAGUAGUGAAGAUGCUGGGGAGCAUGAGGAAACCAGGUAUGUGGAAGAAUUGUUCGAGCGGGAAUUUGAAGCAUUCCGAGCGCUCUACACUCAAGGUGUAGAUCCACGUGAUCGCGCGAACGAUACGUUCUUUACCACAGCGAGGGGCAUUGUCGGUCGUGCCAUCGGCAGGCUCCUCCCUGGAGACCAGUUGUGGCUGAUUUUUCGAGCUAAGGUGCCGUAUGUGCUUCGGCCAACCAGCGAUGGGCAGUAUAUACUGGUUGGAGAAGCACUUGUACAUGAUACACGGAAUGGAGGGCCACUCUAA